CAAUUUCAACGUAUAAAUAGCAACACUUGUAAGAAAUAUUGCAAUACAUAAACAAGUAAACAUUGGAAAAGUUGUUGUCACAUCUGAAAUACAAUGACUGCAUUAGGUACAGAAAAAGCCAGCGAUCGCUGGAAUAUUUUGCGUCAGGCGAUUAUCAAGAAAUCUAGAGGUGGAGGACAGUCCAAGAAGAAGUCAUCAAUGUUAGAAUUUACAUCUUUCGAUUUACUUACAGUAAACAAAGUGAUAGAUGACGAUGGUGGAGUCUGGCAUCUGUACCAGUAUCAACCAGUUGAACCAUUCAGAGCAAGAGUAAAGCAUAUUCCAACAGUUUUCAACCCAGAAGAGCUCAUGGGAUUCAACAACACAGGCAAUGUGUGUGUUUGGCCUGCAGAGGAGGUUCUAACUUACUGGUGCUUAGAAAACAGACAUUUAUUCAAACAACAGAAGAUAUGUGAGCUUGGUGGAGGAAUGACAUGUCUAGCUGGGCUAGCAGUAGCAACAUGUUGUGCAGCAGAGGAGGUUUUAUUAACAGAUGGCAAUGAAUUGUCUAUAAAAAAUGUACAAGAAAUUCUGAAAGAAAAUGCAGAAUAUUUAAAAGCAAAAACUGUUACUGCAAGUGUCAUACGAUGGGAUAAACAAGAUGAAUACACACAUUUUAAGGAAACUUUUGAUUAUGUCAUAUCUGCUGAUUGUUUGUUCUUUGACCAAUACAGAGAGGACUUACUCACUACAAUCGGCACCAUUCUCAAGCCAAAGGGUGUCUGUAUAAUAUUUGCACCAAGGAGACACAAGACUUGUGAUAAAUUCUGUGCAAUGGCUAAAGAAAGAUAUCAAGUUACCCUUGAAGAAAAAUAUGACGCAGCAAUAUGGAAUAAACAUUUAGAGGCUAUUGAAAAGUCCAGUGAUAUAUAUGAUGAAAAUAGGCAUUAUCCUUUGAAAAUUACACUGAUGAAAUCUUGACAAACACAACAGACAGAACAACUGGGAUGUAUGUUGAUGUACUCAAAAUAGGAAGAUCUACAGCAACUUAUAUCUUUAUUUUUUGACUCUCAUGUUUAUGUUUACAAAGGUACAGUACAUCCUGCAAAGGACCUCAGGAUCCAUAACUACAGGGUAACGGGUAGUAUGGACCAGUACACCGAGGUACUGUAACCCCCCUAAUCGUCCUGUGGUUCUGUAAAGUGCCUAUGAGCCUAUUAUGUACACUGGACCUACGGCUUAUAGUUCUUAUCGAAGAAGACUUGUUCCACCACCAUAACCAUUUUAGGCGAGUGUGCCGCUUGAACCAGCGUUGUUAAUAGGUAGCCUUCGAUUUGCGUAAUGACGCAACGCUGGAUCAAAUUCACUUAUGUGUGACCGUCCUACGUUCUCUGCAUACGUAAACUUGGCAAAAUUGUGCCCUUGAUUCAACAUGACCACGAGAACUAAACGUAGAUGACUUUAUGUGAUGUCAUUACAUUCUACAUCCCACCGUCGUCAUGCAAUCAAAAGCUCCCUCUUAUGGCUGUACGUUGCGGCACCCCUGCCUUAACCGCUCGGCCAUCCAUCUCAUCCAUCAUCCAUAAAAAUGUGUUGUUCCUUGCUUUAUUGUCUAAUAGAUUGAUGCAGCUUAAUUCAAAUUAGAUGGUACGUGGUAAAAUUAUAGUAGACCUAAUAAUUAUUGAUUUAACUUUUGUGGAUCAUUUAGAUUUGCACAGUUGAAGCUUGUCAACUAUUAUGCAGCCCCUUCUGACCAUAACCAAAACAUCAAUUCCCCUCCUAUCAACGGGUUCCCCCUGACCCCCACAAUUUCCCGUGGUUCCUGGACUACAUUGGAUUGCCUAGUUUCCCCUAAACAUCUGCCUCUCAAAGGGAACACACUUCAAAACAUCCUGGUUACAGGCCUGUUCUGUGGUAUUAUAACAUUUCACCCUUGUUUAAGGUGUUGGCACAUAGAUCAAUACUUAUUGAUUUGCCAAUUCUCAGGUGGCAGUAAUGUUAAAUCUUGAAUAAUUAAUCUCAUCGUUUUGUUGUUUGUGUCACUGGACUCAUUUAGAAAUACUUGCCGAUUUAUAUUAACCUUGGUCUCUUAACGAUUUCUUGUUUGCCGACACGGCAAUUGUCCUACACAAGCACCAUGGUAAAGUUUAUAAUACUCUGUUAUUAGAGAUGUAAUUAGUUGGCUCUCAUAUUCGUUAUUUUUGUGGACUCCAUAGAGUAAUUAGCACUCGAAAACAUGUUUAGUCAACAAGACAGACGGCAAAUUAUUAAUUUCAUUACCAUGUAUACUGUAUUAUGAUAAUAUUUUUAAUAUGUGAGAAAUAGUCGGGUUUGGCCCUGUAUAUUAUUUUUUUGUUGCAAUAAUAAUUUCAUAUUUGCUAUAAUUUUGUUAUAUAUUAUUUUAUUCAUAAUAAAUAAUUAUAAUGUAUGUGGCAACAUAAUAUUGGGAAAAAAAUAAUUUGUAACUUUAUAAACAUAAUACACCUUUACGCUAAGCUCCGCCCCUUGGAUAUUGUUGCGAAGGUCCCACAAGACGACAGUGUCAAAACAUGAUUACAACAUACGCAAACACGUGCAUUCGUGGGACAACGCGUGUUUGUAAGACGUUCGCGUAUUGCUGGCCCUGUUCUGAUUGGUCAGUUGUUAAGUUCGAUUGACUAGUGCACUGUGAAGCUCUGUCCAUACUAUCAAAUUGUAUUUUGCAAAUCUGUGUGAUAUGCCCAUAUAUGGGCAUGAUGAUGUCAUUACAAACAAAUUGGGCAUAUCACAUUUGUUUGUUACAUAUAAUUUGAUAGUAGGACAGAACUUAAUUAACAGUAUACAAUUACACUCAACUUAAUUUUCAGCAAUAAACUGUUCGUCUUUGUGACAUUAUUGGUAUCAGCCUUCCCGACGCCAGAUAAGGAUGUACUCUUAAUGAUUGAUGGAAAGUCUUCAAACACGCAAUCAAGUAGUGAAAAAUCUAAAUGAUUACUGGUGCGCACUAAUAUGACAUUUAUUAAUGAAGGUUUAAAUUAUAUGAAGGCCUGUCUUUGUUGUUAAUAUUCUAUGGUGCUCUACUGUAAUUAAUUUUUUCAAGCUUGUGAGAUUCGUAGAUUGGAUGAUUUUAAAGUUUGACAACAAAGGAGCAAGUGUUUGAUCACAAACAGAAAAAGAAAAUGCCAUUUAGCUAAAAUAAAUUGGAUUAUGACAGAUUGAGAUGGAACAGUUGUUUGUGUUAAAUGCGUUUUACUUGUUUCACAUAAGACAUUUAAACAAAUUGCAGUUAAUAUUUUUUUUAUAGAUUAAUGUUGAAUAAAUUUAUCUGCUUCCAAAAUUAAGAUACACAAAAGAAUAUUAAUUUAUUUAAUGUAUUUAAAUAUUUUUAAAGUUAGCCGAUUCCUUCUGCAGCAGUGAAGUGUCACCAAAUUAAAACAUUCCAUGAUCCACAACACUGAAAUAUAAUAAUAAUAAUAAUAAUAAUAAUAAUAAUAAUAAUAAUAAUACAUUUAGUUAGAUAUAAUUCAACUCGGUAAAAACAUUUUUACGAUAAAAAAUAUUAUUUAUUAUCUCUUUUAUAAUGACUCAUAGUCACGUGUUAAUUGUUUAUCUUUUAUUCUUAAUUGCAUAUGAAAUAUUUUAAAAUAACUAAAUGUAGCUGGCUAUAUAUCUCGAAUUUGCUUAUCUUUAAAUUUAAGGUUGAAGCGCGACUUGAUUAAGCACGGAAAUAUUGAAACGAAAAGUCGUUACAGUAUACUGGAUAAAAUACCCACUGACUUAAAAUUAAUAGGGGCCAUCAUGAUUUGAGCAAUAUAAAUUGACAACUUGAUACCAGUUACAUUUCGUUUACGUUAGUUCAAUACUAUUAUUCGUUUCCAGAACAUCCGUUUAAUUUAGGCCAAAUGAAAUUAAUUCCUAGUAUCGGGUCCCCGUGCUUAUCCAACUUUGGAGCCUCAUGAAAUUUACUAUUUGGUAUUAAAAAAAGAA